AUGGCUCCUGUUACCCUUCAAAUGUACCUGCAAGAUGUUACUAAUUGUAUCAACAGUCGAAACGGUAGAGGAUUGAGUCACUACCUUAUGUGUAGUGAUCCUCAUGUAUAUAAUUCCCGUCUAGCAGUACCAGACCCAGAAAAUAUAGCUGUGUCGUACCUUGUAUCACCUUGGGAUGAGAUAGUUUCUGCUCAUGUGAGAUGUAUAUGGGCGAUGCGUAACCGUGAUUUCGAAGAAGCUUAUGCUUCUGCUAUUGAUUUAAGAAGGUUCGCUCACGGUUUGGACUCAAAAUUCACACCACAGUCGGAUAGUUUUCGAAAUCAAGGAAGAAGGAUGGAAAAUGCUGCUCAACUUAUUUUAAGGCUAUUUCAAAUAUGUGCAAGCGAUAGUCGUGCACAAGUUGAAGAUUCGAAAAAACUGGGCAUGAUGGGUUUAGCCAAUCAACUGUUUAAAAUUUACUUCCAGAUUAACAAACUGAAUUUAUGCAAAUCUAUGAUCCGUGCAAUCGAUAAUUUAAGUAUAAAUGAUCAUUUUAGUCUGGCACAACGUGUAACGUAUUGUUAUUAUGUUGGAAGAAAAGCAAUGUUCGACGGUGAUUUUGUGUCCGCCGAUAAAUCACUAACUUUUGCUUUUGAGCGUUGUUUAACGACGAAAUGGAAUAACAAACGUUUAAUAUUGAUUUAUUUAAUUCCUGUAAAAAUGUUACUGGGAGUACUACCCAAAGAAAGUCUUUUAUGUAAAUAUAAUUUGAGACAAUUCCAAGACAUUGCUGAUUCAGUCAAAACAGGAAAUUUACGUAAAAUGGACUCUGCCUUAGAAGAGCACGAAGCCUUUUUCCUAUCGUGUGGUGUAUACCUGAUAUUGGAAAAGCUCAAGUUGACUGUUUAUCGAAGUUUAUUUAAACGGGUUUGUCAUAUUAUGAAGACACAUCUAUUACCGAUUGAAGUAUUUACUGCUGCACUACAUUUAAUGGGAGUUGAAGAUAUAGAUCCAGACGAAACAGAAUGUAUUCUGGCCAAUCUCAUUCAUGAAGGAAAAAUCAAAGGUUAUCUGGCACAUCAACAACAUAAAUUAGUUGUUAGUAAACUGCAACCAUUUCCCCCGCUGACAAGUAGUAUGGCUAGUUUAAAAUGA